AAGCAGCAACCAUGAAGUUGUAUUUACUUUUAAGGAAAUGACAAACAUUAAAACUAUUAGCUUAACUUUAUUAAUCUGAAAUGUGACUGAUUAGAGCAGUGUUUCCCAACCCUGGUCCUCAAGGCUCACUGCCCUGCAUGUUUUAGGUAUUUCCUUGCUUCAGUGCAGCUGAUUUCAAUUGAUGACCGAUUAACAGGUUGAAUCAGGUACAUUAAAGCAGCGAAACCUCUAAAACAUGUAGGACAGUGUGCCUUGAGGACCAGGGUUGGGAAACACUGGGUUAGAGAACACAGAAAGAAGCUCAAACUAUGAGACAGUCAGGCUGAUUCAACCUUUAAUCUGCUGUAAAAAUACAGCAAAGAUUCUUCUUCUUCGCUUCAUUUGUAUUUAUUUUUUGUUAUUAAUAUUGCCAGCAGAGCAGGAUUAUCAGCUCACGCUGAGGCGCUGCCAUCUGCUGGUCAGACUGGGAACUGCAGCGGUCACAGUCCCAAAGGCCCGGUUCUACAAACGCAUCAGAAUAAAAAACUGGACCUCAGUGUUCUUCUGAUGAACCUUGAGCUCUUGACCAACCACAACUAAAUAACCAGCUGCUGUCCCUUCAGAAUAAAAGCAUCCAACCCGACAUGUUUGAACUAAUGACCCAAAAAGUUCUGGUUCUGUUUGUCUCCUCAGUGGACACGAUGCAUCAGCAGCCAAAGAUCCACAUCUUCCUUGGUGCUCCUCCUCCUCCUUCACCUGGUAUGGAGGAAGAGGAGGAGGAGGAAGAGCGUCCUGCAGGAUGGAGACAGCUGGAGCUCACCUGGAGGGCGGGCCGUCUCCGACCCGCUGCAGAUGUUCCUGGGAGCGAGGAUCAAAGUAAGGAGAAUCCAACAGAACCAGAACCAGGUCGGGCCACAGGGUCUGCUAGAGGACGAUCCGAUGGAGGAGUGGGUUCUAAAGCCAGAGCUCUGAGGACUGAGGAAGACUCAGAUGGUUCUGAGGAGGAUGUAAGUUCUGCUUCGGUCCGGGAGUACCUGGACCGCUGUUUCCCUCUAGCUCCACCAGAACCAGAACCAGAACCAGAGCAGCAGCCUCUGUCUACCAGAACCCAGUUCCUCAGCACCUGGACUCUCAGCCAGGCAGUGAUCCUGAGAGGACACGCCGUCCAAUCAGCACUCAGCCCAGACAAAGCCCCGCCCAUCCACCCCGUCGGCCCCCAGUCCGGCUCCUCCAGCACCCCGGAGCUGUUCAGCCCGGCCGCCUCGUCUCCCGGAGACUCCAUGGAGAUGUUCAGCCACACCUGUCCGGUCUCCAGGGCGGAGCAAGGUGGGGUCAUCAUGGAGGUCACCGCAGACGGCGUCCUCUGCUCUCAGGAGUCCGACCCCCAGGCGUCCCCCGCGUCGCCCCCCUGCAGCAAGAAACCACGACCCUCAGAGGAGUCGACGUCUGCUGCACCAGAGAGCUCCACCUCCACCACACGUCUGGACAGGUGUGACCAGGUGGGACGCCGGUACUCUGUCCUGGUGGUGGUGGUCCACCCCUGCCAUCUGAAGGAGGUCCAGGUGCGGUCGGGUCCGUCAGCAGGAAGCCGCGUUCCUCUGGCCUCCAUGGUUGUGACGGACCAAUCAGGAGCUGAGAUGAAGGUGGUGCUAUGGAGGAGAGCGGCCUUCUGGGUUCUGACUGUGAGUCCUGGAGAGGUUCUGCUCAUCACAGGGCUGCAGGUGAGGGAGGACAGGUGGAGAGCAGAGACUGUCCUCCAGUCCACCUUCUCCAGCAAACUGCUGAACCUGGGACACGCCUCCACCUCACCGCCAGUUAGCCAGCAGGUUAGCGCCAGCGCUCUCCGCUCUCUGUGCGGUUUCGUCAGAGAGCGGCGCCCCCUGCUGGUGUCCAUCCCCAGCCGGCCCCAGCAGGAUCUGAGCCGGCUCCCUUACGCCACCCUGAGGUCACUGCGGGUCAACACUCUGGUUCACGCUCUGCUUCGUGUCACGCACUCUCACAUCAGCUCAGAGUGGAGAGAUGAGGCUGAGUCUCGGAAUCGCUCUGCGGUCCAGAUGAAGGCGGUUCUGAUGGUGCAUCAGCCGGGUGGCCAGCAGGGGGCUCUGCUGCUGUGGGGGGCUGCGAUGGACUGGCUGCCUCGCUUCAGUAAACACAAAGAUGCUGUGUGGGACUUCAGAGUGCUCCUGGUGAGGGAGGGUUUGACCUCUGACCUCUUGGAGCUGCACUCCACCCCCUGGAGCUCGGUCCGGGUUCUGGACCCGACAGACCACCGGGCGCUGGACUUCCUGCGGGCGUGGCGCCGUCCAGGCCUGAGCGAUGCGGCUCUGGAGCUGGAUGUGGACACGCUGUUGUCCCAGAAGUACAGCGGUGAGGUGGAGCUCAGAGUUCAGGUGCUCAGCUUCCAGUUCCAGGAGCCUCCGCCCUCCCUGAACCCGGCCCAGCCGGUUCUGGACGGCUCCACGCCGCGGGCCGGCCUCCUGGCGGUGCUGAGCGGUGACAUCACCUACACCGGCUGCGGCCGCUGCGCCGCCGAACUGGACACGGACCGCAACGGGAUCUACACACCGUGCUACGCCUGCCUCCCGCUCACCGCCCUGCGCCGCUUCUACAGGCCAGGUGUGUUGACAGUGAGUGGGCAGGGCUCCACCCACCUGAUGGUCCGGGUUCCUCCGGUUCCUCUGCAGAAAAUCCUCCAAGCUCCUCCGGACCGACUCCAGCGCAGCGCAGCUCCAGGUUCUCAGGUGCGACACGUCCAGGUGGCAGCGGAGAAGCUGCAGGCGCUGCUGGCUCUUCCCAGGAAGUGGGUGGUCAUCACGGUGCGGAGCCACUUCCUGUGCGACCAGAACAGCGUUCCCCUCAGUCAGGACUUCACUCUGCUGGACCUUCAGGUUCCGACCCGGUGAAGAACCCACCUGGUGGGCGGAGCUUACAGUCUCCUCCAGAGACAGCCUCAGAGUGUUGGACACCUGAAGACGUGCAGGACGUCUGCGUGGGUCUGGAUCCUCAACACCAGAACCGACUGACGUGUUGGGAGACGGACUGGGAGAGAAUCAUGGAUCUGAGUUACCUGUUCCUCAUACAUACCUC